AUGGCUUCCGCUCUCCACCACGACCAACUUCCUGCAACUACGAACUUCACCAUGGAUUCCUCACAGUCGGAAUAUGUGACUCUGGUGUCCUGUGAUGGGUUUGAAUUUAUUCUUCCCCGCAGCACAGCUUGUGUUUCCGGCACUAUCCGCCGCAUGCUGCACCCCUCCAGCAAAUUCUCCGAGGGAAUCUCUGGCCGAUGUGUGCUGGAUGAUAUGACUGGUGUCGUCCUCGAAAAAGUCUGCGAAUACUUUUGCUACAAUGAUAAGCACAAGGACCAGACUAACGUUCCGGACAUGGAUAUCCCGCCUGAAUUGUGCCUGGAGCUGUUGAUGGCUGCUGAUUACUUGGAUACUUGA